GGGGCAGCGCGGGGGCCGCGGCGAGACAGGUUCGGCGGGUGACGCGGUUGAUGGACCCAGCAGAAGCCAAAUGGAAGAAGGGCCAAUUAAUUAUGUGGAAGAAAGGCGGCUGAACGAGGGCAGCGGGCUCAGCCUGGUGAAUGGGGGCCGGCUGGAGCCGGGGGGCACCGCGCUGAUGGAGUCCAGCGGGUGGUCGCCAGAUCAGCCGCCCGCCGCUGGCAAAGCCCCCCUGGAAGACGUCCGGAACCUGGUGGCCUUCUCGGCGGUGGCCGAAGCCGUCUCCUCCUACCGGCUCCCCCCGCCAGGCUCGCCGUCGCUGCUGUACGAGAAGUUCGACUCGGAGAUGAGCCGGGGUGGGCUGGGCGCGGCCGACGGCGUGCCCAGGGGCGAGGACCUGCACGCCCUCAAGGCCGCCCUGGCGCUGGCCAAGCACGGUGUGAAGCCCCCCAACUGCAACUGCGACGGCCCCGAGUGCCCCGACUACCUGGAAUGGCUGGAACAGAAGAUCAAGACGGCUCUGGGCGAAGAACUGGCGUCCCCGCGGCCCCGCGCCGCCGCCAUCCCCCCUCCCACCCCCCAGGAAGGUGCUAUUGACCCCCAGCCGGUGCCUGAGGCCGCCGAGCCGUGCCCACCCGACGGCCUCCCCUUUUCCCAGAGCGCGCUGACCAUCGCCAAGGAGAAGAACAUCAGCCUGCAGACCGCCAUCGCCAUCGAGGCCCUCACGCAGCUCUCGGCCGCCCUGCCCCAGCCCGUGGGUGAUGGGCAGCCGCCGCCCCCGCCGCCCCCCGCCGCCCCCUUCGGCCCAGGCCCCCUCGCCCCACCGGGGGCCGCGUGGCAGCGAGGGGACGAGCCCCGCUACCCGCCCGAGCCGGGGGCAGCACCUGAGCCAUUUUUCGGCGCGGCACCGCCCCGGGGCAACUUCUCAGCGCCGUGGGGGCUGGAGGCUGAGGGGGCGGCGGGGGCUGGAGACCCCAUGGCAGAGCUGGAGCAGCUGCUGGGGAACGCUGACGACUACAUCAAGGCAGCUUUCAAGAGACCCGAAGCGACCCCUGGCAAAGUGACGGCCCCCAAAACAGAGCCCCCUGAGCGAGCGGCCAGCAAGGAGGCACCGGGUGGCCCCCCGUUGCCGCCGGUGCCACCGGAGCCCGACCUGCACAAGAAGACGCAGCUGGUCCUGCAGCAGCAUCUCCACCACAAGCGCAGCCUCUUCCUCGAGCAAAGCCUGGCAGCGGCAGCUCCCCCAGACCGGCCGGGAGGAUGGUGGGCUCCUGGCACCCCUGCCGUGCCCCCCAAACCCUUUGAAAAGCAGCCCAAAGAGAAGAAGAAGAAAAUGCCGCCUGAAAAGCCCCCCCCGGCCAAACCUCUCCGCAAGCAAGUGCAGAUCAAGAAGGCGAAGCAGAAGGACUCACAGCCACUCUUCCUGCCCCUCUGGCAGAUCAGCCUGGAGGGGUUUCGGGCGCCCGCCGAACCCCCCGCCGAACCCCCCCCCGAGGAGAUGCAAACGGACCCGCUGCUGCCGCCGCCAUCGGCCCUCCCGCACCAGCCUCUUGCACUAGCCCAGCCCGCCGCAUGCCCCCCGCCACCCAACCCCCCCGGUGGCGUCCCCCCGGCUCCCGACUCUCAGGAAAGGGGUGCCCCCGGGGGGGGCCCCCAAAUUCACUCGGCGCCGGCGGGCUCGGAGGAAGCGCCGGCUGCCCCCCUGCCGACCACCUCGGCUCCCAUCAUGGUGGAUGACAAGUUGGAAGAGCUUAUCCGACAAUUUGAAGCCGAAUUCGGGGAGAACUUCAACCUGCCGCCCCCCGAGACGCCCGCCCCGCUCGCCCCCGGGGCCACCGAGGAGCCGGGGGGACCAGCACCAGCCCCGCAAGGGUCCCCCCAAAGCGCCGCCGCCGCCCCGGCCCCGGGCAGCGCUCCCCAGCCCAGCCCCAAGAGCUGCGCGUUGUCUCCGGGGAAGGCUCCGCUGUCAGAGCCCCCCUUCACCGCCCGCUCCCCCAAACAGAUCAAAAUCGAAUCUUCUGGUGCUAUCACCGUGGUGUCUACCACGUGUUUUUACUCUGAGGAAAGCCAAAACCCGGACGUGGACGACGCCGACAGGACGCCCACCAAGGACGAGGUGCCGCUGACGCCGACUCUGAGCGGCUUUUUGGAGUCUCCGCUGAAGUACCUGGACACGCCGACCAAAAGCCUCCUGGACACCCCGGCCAAGAGGGCACAGGCAGAAUUCCCCACCUGCGACUGCGUUGAGCAAAUCGUGGAGAAGGACGAGGGGCCGUAUUACACCCACCUGGGCUCGGGGCCCACCGUGGCCUCCAUCAGGGAGCUCAUGGAAGAGCGGUACGGUGAGAAGGGCAAAGCCAUCCGCAUCGAGAAGGUCAUCUACACCGGGAAGGAGGGCAAGAGCUCCCGGGGCUGCCCCAUCGCCAAGUGGGUGAUUCGCAGACACAACCAGGAGGAGAAGCUGCUGUGCCUGGUGCGGCACCGGGCCGGGCACCACUGCCAGAACGCCGUGAUCAUCAUCCUCAUCCUGGCCUGGGAGGGCAUCCCCAGGACCCUGGGGGACACCCUGUACCAGGAGCUCACCGACACCCUCACCAAGUACGGCAACCCCACGAGCCGCCGCUGCGGCCUCAACGACGACCGGACCUGUGCCUGCCAAGGCAAGGACCCCAACACCUGUGGUGCUUCCUUCUCCUUCGGCUGCUCCUGGAGCAUGUACUUCAACGGCUGCAAAUACGCCCGGAGCAAAACCCCCCGCAAGUUCAGGCUGGUGGGAGACAAUCCCAAAGAGGAAGAGCUGCUGCGGAGAAGCUUUCAGGACUUGGCCACCGAGGUUGCCCCGCUUUACAAGAGGCUGGCGCCACAAGCCUACCAAAACCAGGUCACCAACGAGGAUGUAGCGAUCGACUGCCGGCUGGGCCUGAAGGAGGGGAGGCCGUUCUCGGGGGUGACAGCGUGUAUGGACUUCUGUGCCCACGCUCACAAGGACCAGCACAACCUCUACAACGGCUGCACGGUGGUCUGCACGCUGACCAAGGAAGACAAUCGCGUGGUGGGCAAAAUCCCCGAGGACGAGCAGCUGCACGUCCUGCCCCUCUACAAGAUGUCCAGCACGGAUGAGUUCGGCAGCGAGGAGAACCAAAACGCCAAGGUGGGCAGCGGGGCCAUCCAGGUGCUCACCUCCUUCCCGCGCGAGGUCCGCAAGCUGCCUGAACCUGCCAAGUCCUGCCGGCAGAGGCAGCUGGAGGCCAGGAAAGCCGCCGCGGAGAAGAAGAAGCUGCAGAAGGAGAAGCUGAUGACGCCGGAGAAGAUCAAGCAGGAAGUGCUGGAGCUCCCCACGCUCCAGCCAAACGCAGGUAUGGCCUUGAAAAGCGGGAUCCCCCCGCAGCCGCUGAAACCUUCCAUCAAGGUGGAACCCCAGAGCCAUUACAACACCUUCAAGUACAACGGCAAUGCGGUGGUGGAGAGCUACUCGGUGCUGGGCAGCUGCCGGCCCUCCGACCCCUACAGCAUGAACAGUGUUUACUCUUACCAUUCCUACUAUGCACAGCCCAAUCUGCCUUCCGUGAACGGGUUUCACUCCAAGUUCGCGCUUCCCUCCUUCGGGUAUUACGGCUUUUCCAGCAACCACGUGUUCCCCUCGCAGUUCCUCAACUACGGGGCGCCCGAGCGGGGCGGGAGCACGUGGGUGAGCAAUGGCUACGAGAAGAAGCCCGACGUCUCGGUGCUGCAGGAGAACCUCAACCACACCUACGGGAACACCAACUUCCCUGAGCCUGUCCCGCAUGGCAUGCGGAGCAAGAACCACCACCAGCGCACCUACGAGCGGGCCAACCGCUACGCCAGCCAGCAGAAAGCGGCGGCUGCCGGGGCACACAGGACUAACCCAGGCUCAGAGGAGGCACCGUCCUUUGCACAGAACUGUUUCGGCAGCCGCCCCAUCAAGCAGGAGCCUCCGGACCCUCCGCCCGCCAUCGAGCCCCUUCCUGGUGCAGCGGCCGUGCCCGGCGCCGAUCUGACGCUGCCGGCCAUCCCGGCACACGGCGCGGCGCCGGAGCAGCGCUGGAGCCCCUUCAAGGCUCCACGGGGCACGUCUUCCCCCGAGAGGACUAACACGGGCGAGGGCUCGUGGGGUGCGCUGGUGCCAGGAGCAGGCGGGCGGGAGAAGCUGAGCGCCUUCGACGCCACCGCGCGCCUGCCGCCACCGGAGAAGCAGUGGCCCAACGUCCUGGCGGCAGGAGAGCCGGCAGCGGCGCCGGCGCGCGGGUCGGGAUUGCUGCCGAAGCCGUGGAGCCCCUGCAAGCUCGGGGAGGCAGCGCUGGCCAGCACGGGCACCCCCAGCCUGCUGGGCUCACUGGGCUUCAGCUCGGCUCUGCCGGGGCUGCCCAGCUUCCCCGAGGAGCCGUGGGGCUCCGUGAAGGUGGAGGAGCGCAGGACGCCGGCGCCCAGCCCAGGGCUGCCGGAGAAGCCGUGGGAGGCAGCGUUGGGCGAGAAGGGGGCAGCCGGGCCCCGCCGGGACAAGCCAUGGGACCCCUUUGGCUUGGAGGAGGAUCUGUCAGAGAAGGCGGUGAAGGAGGAGGAGGAAGAGGAGGAGGAGGAGGAGGAAGAAGAGGAGGAGGAGUGGUCGGACAGCGAGCACAACUUCCUGGACGAAAACAUCGGCGGCGUGGCCGUGGCGCCUGCCCACGGCUCCAUCCUCAUUGAGUGUGCCCGCCGCGAGCUCCAUGCCACCACUCCGCUGAAGAAACCCAACCGCUGCCACCCCACCCGCAUCUCCCUCGUCUUCUACCAACACAAGAACUUGAACCAGCCCAACCACGGCCUGGCGCUGUGGGAGGCCAAGAUGAAGCAGCUGGCAGAGCGGGCGCGGGCCCGGCAGGAGGAGGCGGCGCGCCUGGGUCUGCCGCCGGACGCCAAAGCCUUCGCCAAGAAGCGCAAGUGGGGCGGUGCUUUGGCGACCGAGGCGCCCAGCAAGGAGAGGAGGGACUCGGUCCCCACGCGGCAGGCGGUGGCCAUCCCCACCAACUCCGCCAUCACUGUGUCCUCCUACGCCUACACCAAGGUGACAGGCCCCUACAGCCGCUGGAUCUGAGACGGGCGCAACCGCCGUGGCCCCAUCUUACCUCAACCCUCGGCAGUGCCGGUGCCCGGCGUUGCUUCGUGGUGCUUUCUCCUCGGGC